AAAAUAGUUUAGUACUUUUGAAUACAUUUUAAUGUUCUUAAAUCAAAUUUGCAUUACUUAUAUUUAUUUUUAAUUAGGAAUCAAAUUUAUCUAUAUACUCAAUCAUUCAUAGCCCAGCACCCCUGCUAAUAAAUAAUAAUAAAAUAUGUGUGUAGUAAAGAUGUAACCAUAGCAACCAUUGGACAUAAUGUAUUGACUGUUUUACAUGAUUAAAGUUUAAAGGGAUGAUAACAAUACACUCAAGAUUCUCCUUCAGCCAAUAAGCAAAAGUUUUAGAAAGACUAUUUUGAUACAGAUUUAUGAUUAUGGCGACUAUUGACCAAUUCUGGAAAUUUUUGAAAACUGUUAGAAAAAAAAGCUUUACUGAGUUAAUAUUGUGUUUGUUUCUGUUGGUUUUAAUACCUGCAUACUAUUUUGUCGAUGUUUUUCACAUAUUACCGUGUAUGUAUCGGCUACCAUCAGGGUCAAUUUGGUAUUUAAUACACGUGCUGCCUUUAACAUUUAUGGUCUUCAACCUGCUGACAAAUUUUGUAGCUGUGAUGUAUGCCGAUUCAUCAGUAAUUGGCCGCUUGCUUACUGUGUCUGAGUACACAUCGAAAGAAGAUAGUAUAUACUGUACUAUUUGCCAAUGCAAUGUUCCUCUAAGGUGUUGGCACUGUGACAUAUGCAAUGUUUGCAUAUUGACUAGAGAUCAUCACUGCACUUUCAGCACGACAUGUGUUGGUCAUUAUAACAGAAGAUACUUCUUAUGGUUUUUGCUGUACUUAUCUGCAGCUAGUUUUUACGAGAUCAUUUUGAUUGGUUAUUAUACAUACUGUAAAGUGACAAUUAAAUUUUCAGACUUUAUGGUUUUAGUGCCAUUUCAAUCAAUUAUAACUGGCUUUCACUUAACAGUAGGUCAAAUUUUUGUAGUUUUACUGACGUUGAAUCUAAUAGCUGUAACAAUGUCGUCAUUGUUGUUAAUUUAUUAUCUAGAUAAGGUACGCAAAGGUCUCGUAUGUCAUGAAAAACAAGAGAGUAGUUAUGAUUUUGGCUUAAUGAGAAAUUUGGAAACUGUGUUUGGGGAAAAAUGGUAUAUAACAUGGAUUUCCCCAUUCAUUAAAUCAAAAUUACCCUACAAUGGAAUUGAUUGGCAAAGUCAUGUUGAUCAAUAUAAAACAAAAUAAAUCUAUUUGUAUGAAUAUGAAUAAGAAAUACCUAAUAAUAUCAAAAAUUUAAACCAUCUGUGAUAUACAAGUCUACGCUAUAAUACAGUUAUAAGUUUUAGUUUUAAUAGAUGAUCAAAUUAUGUAUGCUUGAAAUUACGUCUGUACAAUUAAUAAUAUUAUACAAAUGUUAAAUAUGUAUCAUAAAAAAUGAACAAAUAUAUUUAUUGUAUGUUUAACCGUAAGUACCUUGUUUAAUUAAAUAAUUUUGAUCAUGUUUUCAUUUAAUUAACUCUUUGGCAAUUAUUGACCUCAAUUAAGAAAUUAUUUGGUCAUGUAAAUGCAACCCAACCAUUUUAGCUAUUCCUUAUAAGUUAUUUGUGA